AUGGCAUCGAUUGCAGCAUCACUAACGCGGGCCCUUCCGAAGCCGAAGUACACUGGCGAAGACGAGGAAAUCCCCACGCACGCCCAAGAGCGCGGCCCCCGAAUCGUUAGUGCCGGCCAGAUAGACGAGUCGCAAAUCGUCCUUCGAAGGUCGGGCCCUCCGCCUUAUGGACAACGAGCAGGAUGGAGGCCACGCGGCCAGGAAGACUUCGGUGAUGGUGGAGCAUUUCCAGAAUGCCCAGUAGCUCAAUACCCGCUGGAUAUGGGAAAGAAGGGCUCUGAGACGAGCAACGCCCUGGCUAUCCAAGUCGACGGAGACGGCAAAGUCAAAUACGACGCGAUCGCACGUCAAGGUCACAGCGACAAGAGGAUUAUCCACGCGUCUUUCAAAGAUUUGAUACCUCUGAGACAACGCGCAGAUGCAGGCGAGAUCGACCUCGCGAAACCCAGCGAAGAAGAGAUCGAGGCGACAACGGAGCGAACGAAGAAUGCGUUGGCAUCUUUGGUCAGCGGUGCCCUGGCCGCGCAGAAACCCAAGAAUGUAACUGUUGGUCAACGAAAAGACCCAACCUUUGUUCGCUACACGCCUGCAAACCAGAUGGGAGAUAGCUCGAACAAACAAGACCGCAUCAUUCGCAUCGUGGAGCGCUUAAGGGACCCCAUGGAGCCGCCGGCGCACAAGCACAAGAAAGUCCCGAGAGGACCCCCCAGUCCUCCUCCGCCGGUUAUGCACUCGCCGCCAAGAAAGUUAACCGCUGAGGACCAGGAGAUGUGGAAGAUUCCACCUCCAGUCAGCAACUGGAAGAACCCCAAGGGAUUUACGGUGCCAUUGGACAAGAGAUUAGCAGCAGACGGGAGAGGCCUGCAAGACGUUACAAUCAAUGACAAGUUUGCCCAAUUCUCGGAGGCUCUAUACGUAGCAGAUCGGCAUGCACGAGAGGAGGUCCAGCAGAGAGCGCUCAUGCAACAACGACUUGCAGAAAAAGAAAAGGCCCAGAAGGAGGAAAACCUUCGGAUGCUCGCCCAAAAAGCCCGCGAGGAACGAGCUGGCGCAGGAAGACGUCGAAACUCCAGUGGCUCCCGCCACUCACGAUCCCGGUCUCGAAGCUACAGUUAUUCUGAUUCUGGUUCAGAUAGCGAUGAUUCAGGAGUGCGGGAGAGAGAAAAGGCGCGUCGUGAAAGACGGCAGGAAGAAGAGCGAAAACUCCGCCAGUCGCGUAUGGGCACCGAGAGGAGAAUCCAGGUUAUGGCCCGUGAACAAAAUCGCGAUAUCUCAGAAAAGAUCGCACUUGGACUGGCCAAGCCUACUCAACAAGCGGAAACAAUGUACGACUCGCGCCUGUUUAACCAGUCGAGCGGUUUCGAUAGCGGUAUCAACGAGGACAAUCCGUACGACAAGCCUCUGUUUGCGGCGCAAGAUGCUAUCAGCAGCAUUUACCGUCCGCGGCAGAACAUGGACGACUACGAGGAUGAGGGAGCUGGCGAUCAAGAAAUGGCAAAGAUUCAGAAAGCCAGCCGAUUUGGUGACGUGUUAGGCAAGGGAACCUUUAAGGGCGCAGAACUCGCUGAGGCACGUGAAGGUCCAGUGCAGUUCGAGAAGGAGGCUGCGGAUCCUUUCCAAGUGGACGAUUUUAUGUCCAAGGUCGACCAGAGCUCCUCAUCAAAGAGAGGAUAUGGCUUGCAGGACGAGGACUCAAGGAAACCGAAAAGAGUAAGGGUGGAGGAUGACGACGAUUAA